AUGGCCAAGACAAACAAAACUGGGUCUAAGGUAGCAGUGUCAGCACAGAGAGGGCCAAUUAGCACAAAGCAUCCGCAGGGACAUGGGUACAUUGCUGCAGCAUCCCUGAGCUCUUCUCCCCAGCGAAAUGCUGCAACAUCCCUGAGCUCUUCUCCCCAGCAAAGAUCAGAAGCUGCACAUCCCACCAACCCCUAUUCGACAUCAGACUAUACUCAAUCUGUCUCCCUCCAGUCAGGGCCUGGCUUCUAUGCAGCACCCACACCUCAGAGAACUGAGAGCCGACCAAGAACAGAAGCAUCCCGCCAUCAAAAAAGCCAGCAAGCUCAGACAACGACUUUCUAUGUUGCAAGCACACAACGGAAUGUUAGUCCGUUUAGAGAGGGAGCAAUACAAAGAAGUAGUGAGAACAAACCAGGGUAUGAGGCCGGCCAUCGUGCCUCAUCAAGCCCAGAUGCCAGAUCCUCUCGUCGAUUGAGUUUUCUAGACCAGAAGGAUAACUCACAAUCACAAAUCAUACAAGAUGACCCACCCUCCAAGGUCCAGAACCCCCAAGGGGUCAAAGUUCCCCGUAGGAUUUCAGCUUACCAAAAGGAUGUAGCAGUACAAACUGAGCCCAUCCGAAGGACUUUGACUACUAGUGAGAUCAGAUCUUCAAGGCGUCUCUCUAGCCCAGAGCACGGCAGCAGCCCUGACUCUGCAGGCCAUCAGACAGCCCAGAGAGGGCUCUCUGGAGAAGAGCCAGGAAUGAGUCCAUAUAGCUCAACUCCGUCAGAACGCAAGAACUUGUAUAAGAAUAUGAACUUGGAAUCAUCCCUCAAACUCUCUGUCCUUAGAAAGUCAGAUGAUGAAAAGCAAGUUUCUGCGUGGUCAAACCCUGAGUCUUUCUACAGCCCCUCUGUCCAUUCUGAAACCAAGCCCUCUGCAAAGGUCUUAAUAUCAGAGGUGGAGUCCGAUGUGAGGUCCUUAACCCGAGGAGGCAGUGAGGUCGGCCGCAGGGUCACUAUCUCCUCAGGGGAACAGUCAGUACAGUCAACUCACUAUGCAUCAGCUAGAUCAGUGUCGGAGGACCCUUCAAAAUCUUCCAUGUAUGUCACUCCAGAGCCCAUCUAUAAACAGCAAACCUCCAAACUUCCAGAAGCUACCUCUAUGUCCCCAGGACCCUCACAAGAGCCCUCCAUCCAUGCAGAACUGGAACUGACUCCUCGGCCCUUACCCCCUCGGUCCUUACCUAGGUACGAGCCCAACUCCUCAUGGUGGGCUUUGCUGAAUUCUGAAGUUGAAACAUCCCAAAGCUGGCCAGUAACACCUGAUUUUGAGCCUAAGUCCUCUCCUUCCCUAGACCCUUUAUCGUCCCUUUUUGAAAUGGACUCAAGCCCUUUCUGUGAGGAUCUAAUGUUCCAGAGAGAAAAGGCAAGCUCACCACCAUCAUCAAAGGAGCCUUCCAGUUGGGCACCAUUGAGGAAAGUGCCACAGGUUCCCAAGUACACCUGCAAACAACCCAUUCAAAGGUUCAGUGCUUUCUUCUUGGAUGUCUCUGAGGAAAUGUUCAAUCGUGUCAUCUGGUGGCUAAAAGGUCUGUGCUUUUCCCUCCUGUGGGCCCAUUGUGGGGGGUUGGGGGUUCGGAGCACAGGUGGGUGGUGUCUAUUUGUCUAUAGAGCUGGGUCCUUUAGGAGAUACAUGCUGGAGUGUCAUUUCUCUGGGGCUUCUUAG